CGGAGUCUCCGCCCCGCCACUUCCGGUCCCGCCGCCGGGAGCCGGUGCGGCUGUUAGGCCCGCGUCUCCCGCCGCCGCCGGCCGGGCAUGGUGUUGGGCGCCGGCCCGCCUCGCCUGUCUCGGGGUGCCCAGAGUAAAGGCAGCAGUAAUGCUAACGUUGGCAAGCAAACUAAAGCGAGAUGAUGGUCUCAAAGGGCCCCGGACAGCUGCUGCUGCGUCUGACUCCACGAGGAGAGUUUCCGUGAGAGACAAGUUACUUGUUAAAGAGGUUGCAGAACUUGAAGCUAAUUUACCUUGUACCUGCAGAGUGCACUUUCCUGAUCCAAACAAGCUUCACUGCUUUCAGCUGACUGUAAUCCCAGAUGAGGGUUACUACCAGGGUGGAAAAUUUCAGUUUGAAACUGAAGUUCCUGACGCGUACAACAUGGUGCCUCCCAAGGUGAAAUGUCUGACCAAGAUCUGGCACCCUAACAUCACAGAGACGGGGGAAAUAUGUCUAAGUUUGCUGAGAGAGCAUUCUAUCGAUGGCACCGGCUGGGCCCCCACCAGAACGUUGAAGGAUGUUGUUUGGGGAUUAAACUCUUUAUUUACUGAUCUCUUGAACUUUGACGACCCACUGAACAUCGAAGCUGCAGAGCACCACCUGCGAGACAAGGAGGACUUCCGGAGCAAAGUGGACGACUACAUCAAGCGAUACGCCAGAUGAUAGGAGGAGCGGACGGCGGGCCCGUGGACCGCGGACCAGCACGGGGCGGCCCCGCUCCCCGGCCUCACACCCCCUCGGCCCGCGGGAUCGCCCCCGGCCCGUGACUGACCGCGCCACCCUGAAGAAGACCGUCCUCCUGACCGCCCGCUGUCGCUGGCGGACGACCACAGUGUCGGGGCCUCCGAAGAGCUGUCUGCUGCCCUUGCCACGGUCGCUCCUGAGACUGUGCCGUCUAGGCCGCCCACGAGGCUUCCCCGCAGUGGUCCUGAGCUCACCCCCAGGCUCGCGCUUGCUCCCCCCCCAGCCGAAUCGGUGUCCCGCACACGUGAUGUAAUGAUGCGUUCAGUGUAACUCGCAGAUUGGCAAUAAGAAACCCACUGCAAACUGAGAUCGGAUGCGCGUUCUCUUAGCUUCUUCCGUGAAUGUCAGCCCUGCCCAGAUGUGAAGCUUCCCAGAAUGCAUUGCCACUCACUGUAGAUCCCACUGAAAUGCGUAUUUUACUUAAUGUAAGUAUAUUUUGGAACAGAUUUGUAAUUUGUACAAUUGAAUGCUUUAAUUAUUUUUUUCUAACCUCA